CCUUCUUUGAAGAGUUUUUAUUUGUAUAUAUAUGCAAUAUACUCGGGGAAAUAUUAGUGUAUAUAAGUAUCACCAUGUUUCUCUUCCAAUGUUCGCCAUUUAUAAUUCUGAUAAUAGUAAUAAAUCACAGUGUUGGAAUCUUACACAAAACAAUAUCGGUUCCUAUGUCAUUUGCUCCACUGAGACGAAUCACUUAUAAACCUGGCUCUGGGGAAAUAUACAUUGGUGGGAAGAACAUCGUUGUGCACCUGGACAAAAAUUUUGAUGUAAAAAGCAACAGCACAAUAGGACCCCGACAAGACAGCACACAAUGUGCUCCUGAGCAAAAAACUUGCAAUUCUUUGCAGUGGACAGAUAAUUACGUAGAAGUUCUACAAUUCAUUCCGAGACACAAAAUGGUGCUUAUGUGUGGAUCAAUCGAACAGGGACUUUGUAAAUUCCUACACAGUCACUUAAUUUCAUAUGAAGAAAAGUUUAGAAUUACUAAUCAAGACUUCGUUGGAAGUAAAAAUGGAACAAUAUUUGUUCCAUACGGACCGGCUGAUGAGAAAGAUGGUAGUUAUUUUAUAGGUCGAAGUUGGGACGGGAGACCGAUGGAUUAUACAUUUCCGGAGUUUUCUUUUAUGGGAAUCCAUAAUAGAUCUGAGGAUCCAACUUACAAAUGGGAAUUUCAAAACAAAACCCUGUACGCAUCGAUGGAAAUUUGUGAUCAAAAACGAAAAGAUUUUUCAACUCGGUUUAUUUAUGGUUUUCAAACAAACCAAUUUGUCUUUAGCAUUUACAACCAAGCAAGGAACACAUCCUCCGGAAUGAUAUAUCAAACUAAAAUGUCGAGGAUAUGUACAAGCGACAAAUAUAUGAGAUCUUUUAAUGAAAUUAUUCUGGAAUGCAAAAUCCACAAUAUUGCAACUGCAGCCUAUUAUAGCGAAGAGGGAUCUACACUUCACGUAGCAUUUGGUAUCAGCGUAGACUCUGUACAUGCUGCCAGAAAUGCUUCAUCAUCUGUUUGCAAAUUCACCCAGGACGAAAUAGACAACAUGUUUAAUAACUUGAUUACACAUUGUUAUAAUAAUGGAGAUGCUCUAAGCCCACCCGAUUGGCAUACGUGUGGACAGACAGCAAAAUGUAACACUAGUGCAUCGAUGUCUGUUAAUAACUACUGCAGCUCGGAAUCACAUAUAAGAACUGCACGGAAAACCAACCCUGGAAUACAGAGGUUGGCAAAGCCCUAUUUCAAUCCGCAGGCACAGAUUUACCAAGAAAAAUGGACACUUUUCACAUCAGUUUUUUCACAUAGAAUCAAUUCGAAAACGAAUAUUUUGCUGAUUGGAACAGAUGAUGGUUACAUGCUUAAAAUAAAUAUCGAAGACAGGCAUCGGGAACUGAAGCCGUAUGUAAAGUUUGAUCUGAGUCAGAAUAGAAGCCAGAAAAUUGAGCCACAUCACGUGGUUGAUCCAGUUGGCACGGAUCAUGUCAUAUUUUUACAUGGAAAUAAGGCUUCAAGAUUUCCGUUGUUUUCCUGCCAUGUCCACACUACCUGUGGAACAUGUGUGACAAGUGGCGAUCCAUUGGAGUGUGGGUGGUGUAAAGAUUCUUGUGUGAUGAAGAGCGAGUGUACUAGCAUGUGGUACAACGACACAUGUCCGCCAUUUAUUGCCAAGGUGUAUCCCUUAAGUGGACCAUUGGAAGGCGGUACGAUAGUGACAAUUGAAGGGGAGAACUUCGCAGACGACAGACUAACAAUAGCUAGUGUUACAAUUGGUCAGACUGUAUGCAACAUUGUCAACACGACAAAUGUCAAAAUCCUAUGUAACACCAGCUCAGCCACAGAAGUUGGUGAUUACUUGGUUAGAGUGACGACAUACACAAUGGGUAUCUCAAAGCCGUCUGAAAUUGGAGUCUUCAACUUCUCUUAUAAGAUACCAUAUCUGAACAAAAGGGCCUCGUCGUGGAAAUACACUGCUUACAUUCUAUGGUGACAAUUUAGACAUCGGAUUGAAAACUAUGAUCAUGGUUUCUAAUUUAAAGUGCCAAAUCGUAAGUAAAACCAAAACACAAGUGCAGUGCCGAACAAGUGAAUGUAUAGAAAUUCGGAAUAGCCAGAUCGAACAGCGAAUGACUUGUGACAAAUGCUACCCAGUAAGAUUUGAAAUUGACAGCACCAUAUUAACAGAUGAAAAAGACACAUUCUGCUACAAGGAAAAUCCUGAAAUUACCGGUAUAUCAAGAAAUA